UAGGGCUAAUGGGGGAGGGGGGCAGGGCCGGUUAGGGCCCGCCCAUAGCCGUGAUAGGCGGGAGUGCAGGUGGUUCUGUAUAUAAUAUGUUGAGUACGUUUGGGGACCCAGGCCCACUUCUGCUGACCAGAAUGAACAUUAUGAAGGGCUACAAUGUGGCUCCGUUGGUAGAGUGCCUGUUUGGCAUGAACAAAGUUCUGGGUUUGACUAUCAGCAGCACGGACACUGCAUGAACUGGGUACAGGGGCACAUGCAUGUAAUUCUAGCACUUGGAAAGUAGAAGCAAGAGUGAGUUCCAGGCCGGUCUGGGCUAAACAACAACAAAACCACAUGUUGACAGUAGGGUCUUUGCUGUUAUGAAUAGGUGUGGGUGUUUGUUCUGGGGAUAUGGUUCACUUUUGAGACAGAAUGAAGAGAUUUCAGUAGGAAGGAGGUUUGUAGAAGGUUCACUCUGAAGAGAAGUGAAAGGGGAUGGUGUGCCACCAUGCAAAUGUGAGGUCAGAGGUCAACUUCCAAGAGAGGCUGGGACACUACUUGUAUUUAUUCUCUUUAAUUUCCCUUCCCUCCUUUCUCUCCCUUUUUCUAAUUGUCCUUAGAUAGGAUCUCAGUUUGUAGUCCACCUGGCUACUGAAGUCACUAUGUGGUCUAGGCUGCUGUGGCCCUCAUGGCAAUCCUUCUGCCUUAGCCUUCUGAAUGCUGGGAUUACACAUCAGGGCUGUAAUGCCUCACCUGUUCAUUUAUUCUUUUUUGGUUUUCCUGUUGCUUUAAUUAUAUGUGUGUGCAUGUGUAUGGAUUCCAUAGUGUGUGUGUGUGUGUGUGUGUGUGUGUGUGUAUCAGAGGGUAACUUUUGGCAUUUUCAGGAUUUGUUCCUUCCUUCCACCAUGUGGGCUCUGGGAUUGAACCCAGGUCCUUGGGAUUGAUGUCAAUCCCCCUUUACCUGCUGAUCCAUCUCGCUGGCCCAUUGCUUUUUCAUAUUUUUUUUCUCCUAAGACAGGCUCUCUGAAUUCACUGUAUAGUAGAGGAUGACCUUGAACUUCUGAUCUCCCUCCCACCACCUCCCGAGAGCAGGGAAUUGCAAGCACACAUUUUAGACUAAACGACCACCAUACCGUGUCAUGGCGGCCAUACCUGUGUCAUUCUGUGUGCUGAGCUCUUUUCUAGGACAUGGGAAUCCACCUGGAGAGGGCAGGAAACAUCCUUUCUUGUGAGGGAACAGAUGGUAACUGUGUGAGUGGUACCACUCAAGGAAAAUAUUAUAGAGAUGGGGUGCAAUAGCAAUCAGGCAGAUGGCAAUGUUAGAUGGUCUGGAAGGGGCUGAGGUUCUGAAGCUUUCAAGAAGGCUUUCCAGAAAGAUGGCCUAGCCAGGGUAAAGAGUCUUUGCUAAGGGUGAGGGGGGUAUAUUUGUGUCGGGCUGGGGAGAGGCCGGUGGGGCUAGAAUUUGUUGUUGGAAUGGAGAUGGUGGACAGAGGUGGACCAUGCUGGGGAGGAAAGGCUGUGUGACUUAGAUUGUACCCUGGGUGGGAUUUUGCUGCAUAGAAAGGUUUUGCUAUCCCAGGCUGGCCUCAGACUCUAUGUAGCCAAGGAUGACUUUGAACUUCUGAUCUUCCUGUCUCUAACUCCUAAGUGCAGUGCUGGGACUCCAGGAGGUUGUCACCCACCAAGCUGGUGCUGAGGACCCGAUCCGAUCCUUGAACUUCUUUCAUACCAGGCAACCACAUGGCAUCCCCAGUGCUAUCUCAAGCUUGCAGUCUUUAAGAUGGUGUCCACUAUGUAGCCAUGGUUGACCUGGAAACGGCUCUGUGGCCCAGGCUAGCUUUUUUUUUUUUUUUUUUCAGAGCUGGGGACCAAACCCAGGGCCUUGUGCUUGCUAGGCAAGCGCUCUACCACUGAGCUAAAUCCCCAACCCUGAGCUAGCUUUUAACUCACAGAAACCCAUCUGCCUCUGUCUCCUUAGCACUGGAAUUAAAGGUGCAUGUCACCAGACCGCCUUCCACCUUCAGUUUUAAGAUGGGGAUUGUGGUGAAGGGUCAGCUUGGUGGUGGUUAGGGCUGGGGAAGAGAGGUCGGCAGAGUCAGGAAGUUUUCCCGGUGGAUGGGUGGAUGGUCCCGUAUUACCAUAGGGGGAUGAAUCCAGAGUGUAGAUUACAGAGUUCAUGGAAAGCAGGAGAGAUUCCGAGUAAUGGUGGGAGAUGUGACAGAGCUGGCUGAUGGACUGGGGUGUGUGGCCCUUCGCUGAAUGGAGGAAGUGACUGCAUGGACUUUAAUGGGGCAGGAGGCUGCAGAGGCAGGGGUGCAGAGUGUAUCAGGAAGGGUAACUUACUGCACACAUGCCGCCUGCCCAGCUCCUGCCCCAUCUCCAGAUCAAUGGAGAGUGUUAGCCAGUUACAGCCUAACCCAGUUAUAGCUGUAGGAUCCUUUCUAGCACAGCCUUGGUGAGCAUUUCAAGUGUACCUUUCACACGGUGCUAGCAGGAAGAAGGAAACCAUCCAAGUCUGGCUUCAGAGGCACCAGGAAGAUACACUUCAGUUUGCUUGUCUGUUUUGUAGAAAGGAGCCAAGUGGACUCCUUAGGGUUUCUGACAUUGCUUGAUUCUCCUGUGCUGGUGCACAGAAGAGGACCUUUACUGGGUGAGGCUUAGUGUGAUGGCACAUGUCUAUAUUCCCAGCACCCAGGAGGCUGAAGACGGAGCAUUGUGAGCUUAAGGGUUCUAGGAGACUAUGCCAAAUGCAAAACAAAACAAAACAAAACAAAAAAACCUAAAAAAUACUCAACACCUCCUUCCUGUCCAUCUGGCCUUCAUUUCUCCUGCUACUCCCUGUAUAAUUUGUAUUAUAAUUACUUUUAGUUAAUUAAGGCAGUGGGGAUCCAGUUUUUCAGUUUCUCUAGCCACAUCUGAAGGCACAUGCUGCUUCCAUCAACAGAGUUGGCUAGGGUAUGUCAAUGUUUAAAUUCUGCAUCCUGAGCACCCCUCCCCCAGCACACACUGUCAUUUUUCUCCACGGGAGGCCUGCCUGACAUCUGGAACAGAAGAAUGAGUUGUUUUUUUACUUUGAUUAACUCUCCUUGCACCACAAGCUGAGAAUUCUGCACAACCUCCUCCUCCCUGGUUCAUCUUGUCCUCAAAAAGACAGACCCAUUGAUAGUUCAGGAGGUGACAGGAAAGUUAGCUCUGGAGGUAAAUCCAGAAAGGCUUUCUGGAGGAGGCAUCCUAACUGCACACACAGGAGGAUGAGGGUGAAAGCUUAUUUUUAUUAAAAAUAUGAAUGCAGUGGUGAUGGUUGUGAUGCUGAUUGUGGGAAUGAUGGUCAUGAGGGUGAUGAUGACAGUGGUGGCAGUGGUGGGGUUGGUGGCAGUGGCUGUGGUGAUGAUGUAUGGCACAAAGCAAGUGUGGAGGUCAGAAGACAGUUUGGGGGAAUUGAUUCCCACGGUGGGAUUCAGGAUUGAACUCAGGCCCUCCAGCUUGGCAGCAGUUUUACCCACGGAGACAUCUUGUUAUGUUGUAAUAACUUCUCACGUAGCUCAGGUUGUGUGACUGAGGAUGACAUUGAACUUCUCAUCCUCCUGUCUCAGGUGCUAGUGUUAUGUCAGGUGAACGGGAUGCUCAAUGGGGUGCUCAGGAUGGAGCUGACUGACCUACGUCCCUAGAGCAAAGCUUCAAAUGUGCCCUGGCUGUGUCUUAUCAAAUCCUCACAUAAUGUUGUGAAGAAAGCAAACUACUCCCAGGCUGCGGCUGAAGCUCCAGAGACAAAAAUGCUGCCUCUCACUUGUCAAGUCCCUAGACCAGGAUUUGAACUUAGCUGUGGGAAUUCUGAAGGGAACAGAAGGUGAUGGGAAGCAGAGCAGGAAGUCAGGGGCAGUGUGGGGGAGGACUGGGUCAUUAUGGGCGACUGUGAUUCAUUCUCUGUCAUCCCUGGAGAUCUGACCCAGGUCUGAGGAUGCUCACAUUGGGAUCUUUCCCAUCCUGUGGGAAUGGCAUUUGGGGAGGAUGUGCGGGUGGAGAGGAAGACAGGGCCUAUUCCUGUGCUAAUGGGUGUGGAGAGGGAUGCAAAGCCCAAGAACCCAGUUAAGGUGGGAGCCCUUUCUCCAGCACAUUCUUGGGGACUGGCCGGCCUAGAGAGGAUUAGGAAGCACAUAGGGAAGGCGGCUAGUUCCUCCCAAGUCCAGUUCUGCUGGCCCAUGCUGGAUCCAGCAACCUCACUUCUUACCACAUCCUGCUCCUGAUAAGGGUCACCUUGGAGAGAGAAGGCCGCUCGGGAGAGGCCUCUGUGGCGGCCCAGGCGCUCCCUGCAGCCGCGUCCCUGGCCCGCUGGGUCCCGGUGGUAAAGAUGCAGGCAUCGCAGCGCCUGCAGGGACCGCCCGCGCCUGGAGCCCUCAGCGCCUCUCGCGGCAAUUGGGAGCUGAUGUCACCGGCGCCCCCGGGCGCCGCGGACCCUGGCAGUGAGGUAGCGCCGACGCUCGGAAUCCUUCAAUUCCCACAUGGUCCUCCGGUCACGCUGGCUCCCCGGGUUUCUGCGACCUGGGACCCCGGGCUAGCUGCAAGCGCAAUGGACAGGGCUAGGGAAGAAGCGGACACAGAGUUGCAGAGGAAACUAGAUCAUGAGAUCCGGAUGAGGGAAGGGGCCUGCAAGCUGUUGGCGGCCUGCUCCCAGCGAGAGCAGGCUCUGGAAGCCACCAAGAGCCUGCUGGUGUGCAAUAGCCGGAUUCUCAGCUACAUGGGCGAGCUGCAGCGGCGCAAGGAGGCCCAGGUGCUGGGAAAGACAGGCCGGCGACCUUCCGACAGUGUGCAGCCCCCUGAGCGCUCUCCUUGCCGAGGCCGGGUCUGCAUCUCUGACCUCCGGAUCCCACUCAUGUGGAAGGACACAGAGUAUUUCAAGAACAAAGGCGAUCUGCACCGCUGGGCUGUGUUUCUACUGCUGCAGCUUGGGGAACAGAUUCAGGAUACUGAGAUGGUCCUGGUGGACAGGACCCUCACAGACAUCUCCUUUCAGAACAAUGCGAUUUUAGGUCCUCGAUACCACCUCUUGGCCCACACCACUCUCACUCUAGCGGCAGUGCAAGAUGGAUUCCGUACACAUGACCUCACUCUCACCAGUCAUGAGGAGAACCCUGCCUGGCUGCCCCUUUAUGGUAGCAUGUGUUGCCGCCUGGUGGCUCAGCCUCUCUGCAUGACUCAGCCUACUGCAAGUGGUACCCUCAGGGUGCAGCAAGCCGGGGAGCUCCAGAGUGGGACACUUGUACAUGGAGUCCUGAAAGGCACAAACCUCUUUUGCUACUGGAGAUCUGAGGAUGCAGAUUCUGGGCAGGAGCCACUGUUCACUAUCCUCAUCAACAAGGAGACUAGGGUCCGGGCAGGGGAGUUGGAGCAGGCCCCGGAGUGGCCUUUCACCCUCAGUAUCAGCAACCGGUAUGGAGAUGAUGAGGUGACAAACACGCUCCAGGUGCAGAGCAGGGAUGCCCUGCAGAGCUGGAUGGAGGCGCUGUGGCAGCUGUUCCUUGACAUGAGCCAGUGGAAACACUGUUGUGAUGAAGUUAUGAAGAUCGAAACUCCUGCUCCCCGGAAACCACCCCAAGCACUGGCCAAGCAGGGGUCCUUAUACCACGAGAUGGUCUUAUCAGAGCCCGUGGCCUCGGGAGGUCCCUGUGAGGGGCUGCUCCUGCAGAAUAAUGCCAUCUCGGCUGAGAUCCGGGCCUUGCUUUCUUCCUAUUACAGUGACAGGUGACAGGCAGGGCUGAGCAGGCAGGGCUUGAGCUCUGACUAGCCCCCUCCCCUUCCCCCCUCCCUGCUGCCACAGCCAUUGAGCCACUAGAGGACAUCGCAGCAGUGACAGACAUCCUGGCCCAGCGGGAGGGCACAAGGCUGGAGCCGCCCCCACCCUGGCUAGCAAUGUUUACCGACCAGCCUGCCUUGCGUAGCUCCUGCUCGCCUGCCUCAGUCCCAACCUGGACGCAACCCCUGCCCUGGGGAAGACCCCGCACCUUUUCCCUGGAUGCUGUCCCUGCAGACCACUCCCUUGGGCCUUCUCGCUCGGUUGCACCCCUUCCCCCACAGCGAUCCCCACAAUCCAGAGGUUUCUACAGCAAAAGUCAGCUCAGCACAUGGCUCCAGUCCCCAGUGUGAGAGGCACCAGCAAGAGGAUGGCCAAGAGAGAAAAUGACCCAAGGACAACUGGACUCUAGGGCCAGCUGGCCAGCUUGGGCUCCUCUUCCUCCACUGGACAAGGACAGAAGGCUGGGGAGGGGUGACACAAACCCUUCUUAAGUUGUGGUUAGAUGGUACUGAGGGGACCAUUCCCGGAGCUGGCUAGGACCCCCCCCCCCAAGCGCUUCCUGGGAGAAAACUGGAACAACUCUGCCCUACCUCCCUACACUAACCAGCCUCCAGGGCUGCACUGGAGAGCGGAGAGGAAAGCACCUCCCUUGUGACCCCUACAUCAACCAUUAAAAGUUAUUUAACAGCUCGAA